AUGACCACCAAUAAACGAUCUCGAAAAUCUUGCCCUUUGUGCUUUUCCCCUGUUGAAGAAUUUGGAAUUCAUCUAGAUUCUUCAAUUGUAAUGUGCUCAGAUACAAAGUGUGAUUACCCGUUUAAUGAUUCCCUGGAAGAAUUCAUAAAGACUACACGACGCCUUCCUGCCAAACGACACAGAUCUCGUGCUGCAAAGCCACCUGGAUUUAUCAAUGAUAACAGUUGUAGGCAAGGUGCAUUACUUUCGAAUAAAGAGCAUUUGGAUAGCUCCUCACAGAAAGUGCGCUUAGAUUCCAGUGUCAAUGUAGCCAUGGAUAAUAGUGAAGUCUUGAAUUCCUUUUCUGAGCCAAGCAGCUUGACUUCUACUUCUACUACGCCGUUUAUCGAUGCUGAGAUGCAGAAUAACAAUGAUGCGGUUUUUGAUAUUAUGAAGGGUAUUGAAACAGACGGUUUGUCGGAUACAGCAUCUCGGUUUUCUUUGGCAGAUAUUGAACAUUUACUGGGUGAUGAGGAGCAACAUUUAGGCGAGAAAGACUAUGGAUCCUCGUCUGUGGUGACACCCAAGGAUGGAGAGGAACUAGGCUGGAUGACUGGAUUAAAUGAUGUAUUUAACUUUGGACCUACAGACUCUAAAUACGAUCCAUUGACUGGGAAUCAGGAAUUCGAUAUAUUACUUGGUUUGUAA